AUGGCAACCAGAACCUACGACUCCUCCCUUCCUCCACUCCCCUCAACCGACUUCGACCCAGGCCUUCCUCGCGCCCACCCCCCUUCCACCUCCCAAACCUCCGACCCUGACUGUCCCUUCUGCCACAUUUCCUCCGUCUUUCCGCCAUACAACCCGGCGAGCCCACCGCCCUCAACCUCCCCGCUCCUCAACCCAGCCCUCACCGCCCCGCAACCAUCCACCUUCCUCGUCCUCUCGACACCGCACCUCGUCGCCUUCCUCGACAUUAUGCCUCUCUCGCUGGGACACAUCCUGCUCUGUCCGCGCCCGCACCGGCCUAAGCUGACAGACGUCACGCCCGCCGAGUCGGCCGAGCUGGGGCGGUACCUGCGCGUGCUGUCCGCGGCGGUCGUCAAGGCGACGGGCGUGGGCGACUGGAACGUUGUGCAGAACAAUGGUGCGGCCGCCGCGCAGGUCGUGCCCCACAUGCACUUCCAUGUGAUUCCGCGCCCGGAGCUGAGGGAUCAGCGGAGUGAGCGGUUUACUGCGACCAUGUUUGGGAGGGGCCAGCGGGAUGAGUUGGAUGAAGGUGAAGCGGAGGGGUUGGCGGAAAGGGUGAGGAGGGCUGUGGCGGAGGUGUUGAGGGCGGAUGAGGAGGGUGGUUGGAAGUUGUAG